AUGUUCGUUUUAUUUAUUCUUAUCGUUUCACCAUUAUUAUCCUAUUCAUCAUUAUCCGAUGAAUGGCAUUCAAAAUCACAAUGUACACAAAAAGAAUUUGCUAAUCAUAUGGAUAUUAGUUGCAAUCCAAAUGAAUUUAUUCUUAUUGGUUGGUCACAUUAUGGUACAAAAAAAUCUGGAAGUAACAAACAAGAUCCACAACGAUGUGAACCAUCUGAAACUGAUUGUAUUAUGGAUUAUACACAUAAAAUAGCUGAACUUUGUAAUGGUGCAUCACAAUGUGAAGUUAUUCUCACUCAACAAUUUAUUCAUAAAUGUUCAGAUGAAGCGACAUAUUUAUUUAUAUCUUAUCAAUGUAUUAAUAAUUCAACAAUUGUUGAUGUAUGUUCAAGGCGUAGUAUGACAUCAGUAAAUGGUCUUAAUCUUAUAAGUCCAUCAUUUCCGAAUGAAUAUCCAAAUAAUGUUAAUUGUACAUGUUUAAUAGAACCAACAGAAAUUAAUAAACAAUCCUUACCAAUAGUUAUUGAUGUUGAGAGUCUUUCAUUUAAUUUACAAGAUAAUGAUUAUUUAUCAUCAACAAAAUCUUUACCUUUAUCUGGCACACUUCCUUUUGGUGCUUCUAUAUUUAAUGAAAUUAAUUCUCUUCGACUUCAAUUUACAACUGAUGAAACAUUGAGUCAGUCAGGAUUUUGGAUUCGUUUACAUGGUUAUUAUCAAUGUAAUAAAGAUGAAUAUUCUCUCGGUUCAAAAUGUUUAAAAAUCUUUUAUGAACAACAAAGUUGGCAUCAUGCACAAGAAAAAUGUUUAUCAAUGGGUUCACGUUUAAUUUAUAUUAAUGAUAUUGUUGAAGAAAAAAAAUUAGCAUAUUUUCUUUCAACAAAUCAACAACAAACAUCAUUUUGGAUAUCAGAUAAAAAAAAUAAAAAUAAUGUUCGUUCAUGGUGGCCAUGGAGAUCAGCAUUCGAAGAUGGAAAAUGUAUUUUACGUACUCAAGAUGGUUGGUUUACAAGAUCAUGUCAAGAAUUACAAGCGUUUAUAUGUGAACGAGAUAUUAAUCAACAAGCUCUACCACUUACUGUUCGUUGUGGUAAUCUUCAAACACCUUUAUCUUCGUCUACAAUCAUAACGACAACAACAACAACAACAACAACACCUUCCACAACAAUAACAACUAGUU